AUGUCGAAAGAUCCCGAGAAACAGCUCAAGAAGCUAAAGCCUAUACAAGAGCCAGAAAUUGGUUCUGAAGAUGAUUUUCCAGAAGACCCAAUUCCGAAGAAUAAGCUCUCUGCUACUGUCAAAGUAAUCAGGCUUGCCAAUUCGGCGGAAGAAAAGUCGAAAGAUGUCGUUCUUGCGACUUUACAGAGGAAUGACAUCAAUCAACUGUCACUGGCUCAGAUAAGGCAAAAGAUCAAGUCUAUCGAUGAUACAGAGACUUUUUGUUUCAAGGAUCAGAGUCCAGCUGAUGACUCAACACUUCUUGAAGACUAUCUCCAGCAAUCCUUCGAUGGCGAUGUUGAUUUUAAUUCCACAUACAAGCCCUCCAAGGAUGCGAAAGAUGGGGAGCAAGAGACCAUCAUUCACAAAUGUUUUCUUUACCUUCCGCCGAAACCUGUCGCAAAGGCUUCUACUAUGGCCGACAACUUGGCUCUCGCCAAAUUUGUUGUCAAGGUUUUUGAGUGGUCCGCGGGAGAAUCUGGCGUUGCUAGUCGUGGCAAUCUACAGUCCAGCAAGCUUGGUGUUCCUGACGCCACCUUGAUGACACUGGCGGGCCUUCGCAAACAACUUGCAACGUGCACCAAGAUGUCAGUAGCACCGAAGACUCAUCAGUUCUGUACGCAAUCUGGCGAGACCAUUGUCGACGAGGCCAUGACGUUCUCCGAUUACUUGUCCCUCGAGGAGACAUCGAGUGACACGAAUGCUGAACUCCCCUCAGUUCACGUAUUUUAUAAGCUAGCCCACCCAAAGAACGAACCUCCCAACAUCGAUCUCAGUAACCUUCCCGGUAAGCUGGAGGCGGCAGACACCAAGGUCAAGGAGAAUGCAUUCGAAAAUGGCAAGACCGCGAGCACUUUUGAAUCUCGAACCCGAGAGUCCCAAUUGCAAGAGUUCGGGCAAGCCAGUACCGGGGCUGCUGGAAAUGAUCAUGCUGUGGAUGCAUCAUACCUCACUGACUUGCAGUGGGCCGAGGUUCUACGCAACUGCGGCGCCAUGUAUGGGUGGGUUGUCGAUCGUCAGAAGAACCGGAUCGUGCGAGCUCCGAAGCCAGCAUUCCAACUACGAGCUAAGCUCUCGGAAGAUGCAACUCAUGCUAUUCCAGAUGUUGUAGAAAAGCCUGCAGAGUCAAAACCGACCAACAAGGCACAGAUUACCCAAGCUGACAUUGACGCGAUCAAGGCGACAGUUGGAAACUGGGACUCUAGAAGUGGUAUCAUUGGAGAGUUGCCUAAGAUUACAGAUUCUAGUGAACAAGGAGACACUACAGUAGCUACUAAGGAUGCAAGCACUGAGACGACAGAGCCAUCAUCCGUGCCCGCGCCAGACUCAGAGCCACAGGAAACCAAGGCUCUAGUUGCCAAUGUUGAACACCCACCUGGCAAGGACGUAUAUACGGUAUUGCCGAGCUUCCAGGUGAACGACGACUCCAGAAUCGAGAUUACUGUCAGCAGUCAUGAGUUUGAGACAAGCAUGGCUAGGAAUGACUUUAGCAAUCAUUCCACAGAAGGAUCAAUGUCAGGAGGCUUUGGAGGGUUUUCGGCAUCAGUUAGUGCAGGGUACAGUAAAGAAACCUCGACAGCCACCAAGAAUACGACCAACACGUACAAGAAGACUAUGAUUGCCAAAUAUCUGCUACCUCGCGCCGACAUCCUACUUCAUCCUACAGACUUGGAGCCCUCACCCGAGUUCAAGUCGGCACUCGAGAAUAUCCGCACUAACAAGAACAUUGCUGAUCUGCGCAAAUUGAACGAAGACUUUGGCCAACUCUGGUGUCAGCGCAUUACCGUUGGUGGUCGUCUUCAAUCAACGUCCAUCAUGACAGAUGAGACGGUCACCUCUGAACAAGAGCAAAAGGAGGCUAUGAAGGUCUCUGUUGGUGUCCAGGUGACAACACCUUUCGGAGGUGGUGGCGUCAAACAUACCAAUGAGAAUGGCAAAGCCGAGUCAAAGAAUACGUCAAAUGUGCAAAAGGAUGAGAGCAAUGUGUUUGAAGCCGUGGGAGGCGAUACCAUUCUUGCAGCCAACCCCACGGCGUGGUCGUCUACUGUUGCCGAUUACCGUACAUGGAGAGUCAUCGAUCGCGACUCUUUGUCUUCUCUGGCAGACACCAUUUCCGCCAUUCCAGGCUACGCCCAAGUUCGGAGCUGGUUCAUGCAAGCUGUACCUACCCUCUCUAAGUACAUUGAACUGCCUCCGUCACGCGAGAUCAAACUUAGGUUCAAGUUGACGUCCCCGACGAGCCAACUUUCUCUUUCCUAUCUCAAAAAGGUAGAGAAUUACGACGCCGCUGGGGACCCGAUCUACUACUUGGGUCACAGCACUGGAGCUGAUGUCAGACCUGUCAAGAACGAAUUGACCAUCUCUAACAAUGCUUGGGCUCAAUGCGAUAUCACUGACGCUCAGCCGUUGUUCAGUCCUCAAAGUUACCGGGCCCCAGUAAUUAUGGGAUACCGUUCUAACAUUGUGGGUGAUUCGGCAUAUGGCUCGCAGUACAACCAGGACUAUACAAACUCCCUCUGGAACGUGAGCGCGCCUUUCAACGAUGCACUUGCUCAUGGUGUCCUGGUCUGCCUUUCCACUGUGCCGCUCCCUCCAAAAUCAGCACCCACUGCCGGCGCAACAGUAUCAGCAGCCCCCGACUCACCAUUAUUCCUGGAAGUCUUUCGCAACCAGCAAUCUGUCUUCCUUCCUGGUCUGUCUGACUCAUCUGAGCGUCACUAUUGGCGAAUACUCAAACAUGGCGCCAAGUCCAAUGGCGAGUACAUCAAAGAAGGAGACGAGAUCUACUUUGCUUGGUCUUUCAAGGACCAAACAGCCGGGUUCCGGGAUUUUUCGCAAGAUGUCUUUGGUCGUAGACGUCUUCAAUUUCCGGAUGAUUUGAACGGCAAGGUUCUGUACAUGAAGCUGCCUUGGCCGAGAUUUGAACCUCUCGCCAAACCGGCCAACGGUAAAGUUGUUGUGUCCAACACGAUGAUCUUGACGGAUGAUCCCAUUGCACAGAACAACAUCCCGCAAAUGGCUUCUAUGAAGACUGCCCCAGGCAUGAUGGCUGCAGCUCAGGCUCUGAGUCAAAGAAAGACUGCGACCGAUGUGAGUGUCUUUGGGUUGCAGGAUUUGAGAUUUCGGGUUGACGUUGUCGGUAACGACGGUUAUGGUGAAGUUGGGAAUUGCCUUCUGAAAGGCCUGGAACAGGGGACAGAGAAGCCAGUGGCAACUGAUGCCAAGGUCAAAGCCAUGCAAUCGCUUCUACAAGCUCAGCUCAAGUACUAUGAGGCGCUCAUGUUUCUCGGAACGCAGUAG